AUGAGAGGACAGUUUUCCAUCGAGUGGAUGGCCCAGAGCAGCCAGUCCUCAGGUACAGAGAGCCCAGCCUCUGGACCUGCUGCCUGGGGGACUCAUUCAGAGAGUCUGCCAGGCUUUUACUGCAAACCGAAGUCCGAAAAUGGACCCGAGCAUCAAGAAACCAGAAACAAGGGCCUCAAUUCAAUCAGUCUACAGCACCAAACCUCUCACAAUAAUCAAGUUACCGAGGAAGGCUUCAGCAGCGGAACAGAGGAGGAAACUUCCGGCUACGAAAGUGAAGGGGGUCGCUCCCUCUCCCCCUCAGCCCCCACUGACUGCACCUCCACCUCCCCAGCAUCCCCUCCUUCAGGGAGGAGACCCCGUACGGCCUUCACAGCAGAGCAGAUAAGCAGUCUGGAGAGGGCCUUCAAGAGAAACGCAUAUCUGGGAACACAAGACAAAGCCGAACUCUGCAAGAAGCUCAGCCUGUCUGACAAACAGAUCAGAAACUGGUUCCAGAACAGGCGAAUGAAGCUGAAGAGGACGGUUCAGGAUGCCCUGGCUCACGCCUGCCAGGCAAACGUCGCCUCUCAGUUCAUGCAUUACCCCGAGCUGCAGGCCUACAGACCGGGCCCUUACCCCAGAUAUCACUCGGCAGCAGCAGCACAGGACGUCCAAGCCGCUGCCUCCUACAUCCAUCCACACAGCCUGCAGUACAGCAGCCCUCUGCCCGGCGUCCCCUCUCUGCCCAUGGACUCUUUCUACCAGUACAGCAGCCUCCCAGGUGUCAUGCUGCCGUCUGCUACAUCUCAAAUAAUGGGAUCCUACUCAGCUUACCCUCAGUAUUACUGA